UUCUAAACGGUAAUCAAUGAUUUGGCAAGUUAGGGAGAAAGAAAGCUUUUUUUACUUUCUUCUUCAUUUAUAAACAGUUUACAUUAUAUUUUAUACCUCUUUGUUCUUUAAUAUUAAGCAUACGUUAAAAUUAAUGUAAUGAACGUUAGGAAAUCUUCAUAAUAGGUGUAAAUAAGUAACGCUCGCAGCAUGUCAAACACAUCUGUGAAUAUAAAGUUCCGAUGGGGGCUGACAGCCUCGGACCCGGAACGGAACCCGGUCCUAAUCGUGGGUCAGGUGGCCCACCUCAACUCGCUCACGUGGCAGGACGUCCGGUGCAAACUGGAGCCUCGGGUCACUGAAGAGGCGUGGCGGCGCGGCCUGGCCUGUGUGACGUCAUCGGCGGGCGACACGGUGGAGCUGUGGCCGCACGCGGCGGCGCUGGCGUCGCUGCCGACGCGGCGCUCGCGUCACGCUGCGCCGUCGCGCUGCCACGCGCUCGCCAAGAUCAUGCGCGCGCACCAGAGAACCUGUGACGAGUUUGCUGUGUUGGUGUGUCGCAAAAGCGAUGUGUUUGCGUCCGCCAUCGCGAUAGCGCGGUCCUACCCGCUGUACCAGGCGCGCUCGGGCUCCGCCCCGCUGGGCUCACCCGCGCCGCAAGCGAGGCAGCUCACUGUUGAGAUACAACUAGUGAAGGAAGACUCACAGGAUGGAGAAUCCGAAGACGAAUACUCCGGUUCCUUGCCGGCUGAUCUUGCUGACGGUACGCUAUCUUCAGAGGAGCUGGCGACGUUACAGCACGCUGCUGACGCUACCCGCCUCGCGGCUAAGAUUGCGGACACUCCGUGCAAUAUCAUGAACGUGGAUAAGUUUAUUGAGGAAGCGUGCGCCGUAGCCAAAGAUCUCGACAUACCAGAACCAACGAUAAUCCGCGGCGAAGAAUUGAAGGAACGCGGUAUGGGUGGCAUUUAUGGAGUCGGCAAGGCUGCCGCGUGUCCCCCAGCAUUGGUCGUAUUGAGCUACACUGCUCCGCAAGCUACUGACACUGUGGCUUGGGUCGGGAAAGGGAUUGUCUAUGAUACUGGCGGUCUCAGCAUCAAAGCUAGGACCUCAAUGGUGGGCAUGAAAGGCGACUGCGCGGGCGCAGCGGCGGUAUUGGGCGCGUUCGCGGUGGCCGUGCGGGCCAAACCUGACGUCAACCUGCACGCCAUACUGUGCUUGGCUGAAAAUGCUGUGGGACCGCUGGCUACCAGACCGGAUGAUAUCCAUCAGUUGUAUUCCGGCCGCACCGUGGAAAUAAAUAACACUGACGCCGAAGGUCGUCUGGUGUUGAGUGACGGUGUGGUGUACGCGUCCAGAGAUCUGAAGGCCGACACUAUAGUUGAUGUCGCCACACUCACCGGAGCACAGGGCAUAGCGACGGGCAAGUACCACGCGGCCAUAGUGUCGAACAGCCGACGGCUGGAGCGCGCGUGCGCGUGCGCCGGCUUGCGCUCGGGCGACCUCGCGCACGCGCUGCCCUUCGCGCCCGAGCUGCACUUCACUGAGUUCAGCAGCGCGUGCGCAGACAUGAAGAACAGCGUCGCCGACCGCAACAACGCGCAGCCGUCGUGCGCGGCGCUGUUCGUGCUGGCGCACCUCGGGUUCGAGUUCCCGGGCCGCUGGCUACACGUGGACAUGGCCGCGCCUGCGCACUGCGGCGAACGCGCCACGGGUUACGGCGUGGCGCUGCUGACGGUACUGUUCGGGCAGCGCACGCAAAACAAGCUACUGCGGGCCCUCGGGGACGCGUUACUGUCAUAGCUGUGCGCAGCACUAGGUGGCGUGGCUAGCUAGUUCAUCGCUAGGGGCUCACGAUAACAUUUAUCCAAGAUACCAUCCUGUUAUCCAUUAAAACAUACUUUUAGCGUAUGUUUUGUCGCUUUAUAUCCAAUCAAAUAUUAUAAAGUGCGACGAGUGACAAAAUAUAUUUUAGCUUAAGCUAUACUUUAAAAUCUUCUAACAGUCCGUCAAGAAUGAGAAGAAAACAGAUUUUUAAUACAUUUUUUACUAUGCAGCGUCCUCGUUUAUAUUCUUCACUUUCUUGACAAACUGUAAAUCUAAAGAUUUGAUAAAUAAAUGUGAAGUUUAAUGAUAGAAGAUAUCUUAUGGAGGGCAGUCGCUUACGAUCAAUCAAUCAAUUUUUAUUUGUGUAAACAGUAAGAUGAGGUGUCACAAAAAAAUACAGGACUCUGUUUCCUACCCUCGGGCGUACGAAUAUUAGUGCGUAUAAAACAGAUAAAAAUAAAAUAUUAAUAAGUUAUAAGCUUGUCUAAUUUAUAUUAGCAUUCUUGAGCUGGCAGAUCAUGGAGGCUCUUUUUGAAAGUACCCACAUCUGUUGUCAUUUGAAGCAACUUCGGAAAUUUGUUAUAUAUAGAAGGAGCCAUGCCAAAAUUCACUAUUACGCAUUAAAAAUCGUUUUGUUACGGCAAAGUAUUCGCAUAACUAAUAUUAUAAAUGCUAAAGUAAGUUUUUUCUCCCAUCACUAUCUGUUCAAUCUUGAAAUGUUGGAUACAUUUAUUUUGUAGUACGCAGGAUAUAGGAUACCUUUCAUCCCGGAAAAAUCACUGGAACUUCGCUGGAAAAACACGCGGGCGACGUCACGGUCAAAAGCUAGUGUAUUAUUAGUAGCUAGUGUAUAUAGCGACUUCCCUCUGUAGGGUACCUUUUAGCGAGAAACUUCAUAAUAUGUGGAUUGGAAAAAAUACGCGUUGAAGUACUAUUUAAUACUAUCGUGUUAGUUCUAUUCGAAGCUUUUCUUUUGCGGGUAUUCUAGAGGCAUUUUUUAAAUAUAAAUUAUGGUAUCCAUUUCAUAUUUUAAUAUUAAAGAUACUUGUGCUAUCGUCAGCAUAGUGUCAAUUGAGUGUACGUUCUUGUAAGACAUUUAUUUACACACUAUAAAUGAUGAAGGUCCUAAAACAUUCCCUUGUGGAACAUCAUACUAAAUUGAUUGCUAAGUACAAUAUUUAUGAAAGUUUUAUUGAAUCUGAUUUAACAAUUUUUCCUCAAAUCCUCUAGAUGUAAAAUCCUGUAUUAUAUGAUAAAAAAACAAGCUUUAGUUUUUAAGUACAAUUUUUAUAAAAUGCAAUUAUGUAUAAGUAAAUAUAAUAGUUGUUUGUUGCGAAACUACUGCCAGUUACCGCUAGAUGGCAGGACUAAGUCUGAUGACUUAAGGUGUUUGGAAAUUCAAUCAACGAGAAUGUAGACCGAGAAAACUAAAGACAGAGAGAACGUAGUCACAUGAGAUAGAACAAUUUUACGGUACGGCACGCUAUAAGGGACAAAAAACAUUAUCGCUCCGUCUCGUUUCUCCUCUUGUAUUUCUAGUACGCAUUUAUCUUUCUUAUUAUAUGCGCAAUGGAAGAAAUGACGAUGUCUAAAGUUUUCUCUGUCUACUGGAGAAGAAUCUUAUACGCAACAUAGUUUUAACUUUAUAUCGAAGCAAUAAAAUAUGUAAUGUUUGGCUAACAUAGUGUUUAAAUUGAGGUUUUACAUAUUAUAUAAUCACCGCUAUUUUAAUAUAUAAUAGACCAGUUACCAAUGUGCAUUAAAUAUAUAGCAACAGUUUCAGAUGAUCUUUAUAUAUUAUCUGUUAUAAUAGUAUAUUCUAACCCCAUUUAUUUAGGGCUAGUUAAGUUCAUUUCCUCAAAUCCACAAUCGAGAAAAGUUUAAUCGAUCGAUUCAUUCAAUUAACUUUACUUUUGUUAGAUUGAAAAUUACACACAUUUGAACACUGUUGUUUAGCCUUAUUUAGUUCAUAGUUAACAAUAUUUUUUUACUAGUAUUUAGCUAAUUAACAGAUUACACCAAGAAUGCAGUUUUAAUGCCAUAAUGUGUUCGAUAUAGCCAAAUCACUCAGCCAAUAAACAGUAAUAAUAACUCAUUAUAUGGUUAUGGAAUAAGACAAGUUUUUUAAUUAAUUUUGUUUACUUUGCUGAAAAUAAAAUGUAUAUUUAAUA